AUGUUCAAGCGGCCCAUAAUCGGAUCGCCACUCUCGAGAGUAUACGGUCUCGAGAAGGACUGCGAUGCGCGAAAAUCACAAAUUCGUGCCUUUGGGGAGAGAAUGACGGCGCUAGAAAAGAUCAUUUCUGAGCAGCACGAUGUCCGAGCCUUGCGUAACAAAGUCCAGGCGCAAGAUCAGAAGACUCGCGCUUUGGAUAGCAGCGUCAAGUCUUUGCAAGAAAGAAGCACUUCAGUUGGGUCAGAAUCUGCAGACCUCACAGUCCAGAUGCAGCAUGUUCAAGAUCAUCUAGCACAACCUCCUCCUACAACCAUCGCCGACGCCGAGGCCACGAAUAUGCGCAUUACGGACGCACAGAACUCCAUCCGCGCAGUCACCCGCAGACAGCAUUCAAUAGAGGAGGAACAACGCUACUUCGUCACUUUUGACGAAAUGGAAGAUCACAUCACCGCCAACACCGACACCAUCAAUACAUCCAUAACAGACAUGCGGGAUGAAGUCGGCACUUUGCGCCGCACACAGCGUUCGAUUGUCGAGGAUCAGCGCCGCUUUGUCACUUCUGAUGAAAUGGAAUCUCGUAUCACCACCGAGAUGCAUAGCACCAAUGCCCACGUAACGAACGUGCAGAACGAAGUCAGCACAUUGCGCCACAAACAUCAAUCUAUGGCGGCCGAACAUCAGCGCCAUUUUGUCACUUCUGAUCAAUUAGAAACUUCCAUUUCGGGCCUUCAUAAUGAGAUAUAUGACCACCUCGACUCUACGCGGCGCUGGAUUUCUUUCCGAAUUGCCUUGUCGUUGACUAUGCUCACCUAG